UACCGCCAGCAGUACCAUCUUCUACAUUUAGUUGUUUCGAUCAUAAAAGACGAUCCAGAUCAAAAUCAGUUUAUCGUUCAUUAAUCGAAGAAUCAGAUAAAUCACAAAAUACCAAUCAAACUGUCAAUAGUGACAAUAUGUUUGUAAUUGAUCUUGAUUGUCAAAGUACAAAAGUAGGUCAAGCAGGGCCAUCUAGAUGGAUUGGGAUGAAAAGCGAGGAUGGAAUAGUUAGAUUAUAUCCACAAUCAUUGGUAAAACAAUUCCAACUUAAAUCAAAUCCGGAAUUUUCACCUGCUGACAUAAUAGCAGAAUUUAACUCUGAUGUUGAUUUUUGGUUUGAAGAUGAUGCAACACCAAUUAAGCCAACUCAAUAUGGAUUCUUAUAUAUGACAUUGCACGAAUUCAUACAUGGCUUGGGAUUUGUAUCAAUUUGGGAUCCAUCUCCUUAUUCUGAUUCAUCAAUAAUAUUUAAUGGAUUUUUUGAAAGUAUAUUUGACAAACUUGUAACAUUGUUACCAAGCGGUAUGCCAUUAACCAAUUUCACAAACGAGUUAAACAAAUUUGCACCAAAAGGCACUAAAUUUGAUUCGGAAGAUGAUUUUUAUGCAAAGUUUCAAAACUCCGCUCAAUAUAAAAUUGCAACUGAUAUGUUAAAGUAUGCCACAACACCCUUAUCAUUUGGUUUGUUAAAAAAAGGGUUGGAUUUUCAAGAUAUUGUAGUAAACAACACUGCCAAUGAUCAAUUGUUUUAUUUGGAAACUAGUUUAAACCCUUAUCAGCCGGGAUCAAGUGUUAGUCAUGUGAGCCAAGCAUUGUAUUUGAAAAGCGUCGAAUUUCUAAUGAGUUAUCAAGAACCUCGAGGUGAAACGUUAAAGGACGUAAUUAAAAAUGGUGGAAGCUAUGUCGGAGGUUCAAUCGGACCUAAACUUUUAUCUGUUCUUGAAUCGUUGGGCUAUGCAACUGCAGACAAUCCAAACCCCGAAAUUCCGACUCUUCUUGAUCCACCCUUUUAUGUUGAUAAUUUUUAA